AUGAAACUCGACACCAAGUCCCUGCGAUACCUCAACCCCACCGACUGGCGCACCCUCACAGCCGUCGAGACGGGAAGCCGAAAUCACGAAGUCGUCCCCACCCCACUCAUUGCCAACCUCUCGAAAUCCAGUCUGGGCGAUGUACAACGGAGUAUCUCCUUGCUUGCCAAAGCGAACCUGAUUGCAAAGGUCAAAAAUGCGAAAUACGACGGCUACAGGCUGACUUACGGCGGGCUCGACUAUCUGGCGCUUCACUCGUUGCAAAAGAGUAACACUGUCUAUGGUGUGGGUAAUCAGAUCGGGGUCGGGAAAGAGAGUGACAUAUUCGUCGUCAGCGACGACAAGGGCGAACAGCGGGUGCUGAAGAUCCAUCGUCUGGGUAGAGUGAGCUUCAAGAAGGGCGUACGGAACAAACGAGACUAUGCCAAAACAAAGGCCCAGAAAGAGAGAGGAGCAGGCAGUUGGAUGUACAUGUCACGGCUAGCUGCUGUCAAAGAGUUUGCCUUUCUACAAGCCCUGCACAACGCAGGCCUGAGUGUCCCAGUGCCACUAGGCCAGAAUCGACACCAGCUGGUCAUGUCAUUGAUUGAUGGAUUCCCCCUGCGACAGAUCGAUAAGGUCCCAGAUCCAGCAGGACUGUACGCGGAGCUGGUCGAGAUGAUUGUGCGCCUGUGCUCAUUCGGGUUGAUUCAUGGCGACUUCAAUGAGUUCAACAUUUUGAUCAAAGAAGAAGAGCAAGCCGAAGACAUCCAGCUGGUGCCCGUUCUAAUAGACUUUCCCCAGAUGGUCAGUGUGGAUCACCCAAAUGCCGAGUUCUAUUUCGACAGGGAUGUGGAAUGCGUGAAGCGUUUCUUUGCAAGACGUUUUGGAUUUAUCAGCACGGAUAGCGGGCCAUUCUUCAAGGAUGCCAGGCAACUGGUCGGCAAGGAUGGGACCAGACGACUUGAUAUUGAAGUCGAAGCGUCCGGCUUCUCCCGGAAAAUGGCCAAAGAACUCGAAAGUUACAUGAAAGAGCACGGCGUGGAUGGUGACGCCAAAGGAGACGAGACAAAUGAUGUUGAUUCAAGCGGUUCCGAGGACGAAGAGCACGAUGUUGACCAAGACGAUGAUAGCGAUAACCCCACAGGUCAAAGCGUCUCUGACACAGUUUGA